GAAUAGGCAGGCACCCACUGCGUCAGUAACCUGAUUACCCCAGCUGUCAGUCUUAAUAAGGCCAGGCCUCAGAUCCCCACCACGGGACGGGACAAACUUGGUCCUCCGAUAGGGAGUCAGAGGACAGACUUGGUCCUCCGAUAGGGAGUCAGAGGACAGACUUGGUCCUCUGAUAGGGAGUCAGAGGACAGACUUGGUCCUCUGAUAGGGAGUCAGAGGACAGACUUGGUCCUCCGAUAGGGAGUCAGAGGACAGAUGAGGAACAGGACGGCAGCUCUUCUCAGAACACAGACAGACAAAGACAAAGUGUGCAGAAUUCAACAGGAAGCUCUGUACAGACUGAGACUGCUGGAUCCUGCAGUGUUUUACAGCCCUCUCUGCACUGACCGUUGGUAUAAGAAGAGAGACUGCUGCCUGAGGCCUGGGUACAGGGAGGCUAGGAUCCUAACACUGCCACACAAGCAGCUCCACAGUAAUGUCAGCCUCCCUCCUGGACGCUGAUCCCAUCUAUGCCACGGUGGUCCACACUGCCAAGGCUGAGGCCAGGGAGUUGACAGGGGCUGUGGCUGUUCCUCCAGUCAGGCUGAAGCCUCCGGGGGACCUGAAGUUGACCCGGAGCCUCUCCAAGUYGGACUCAGACCUGUUGGUGUCUCCCCUGGGUGAGGAGGAUGGGGGUCUGAACAGCUGCUGUGAGUCUGUGGCUAACUGCAGUUCUGGGAACAAACAGAUGGAGAGAUCGCCCUCCUUCGCCUCCGAGUGGGAUGAGAUUGAGAAGCUCAUGAACAUGAUUGGAGCAGGCAUCGAGUCAUCCAAUGACCAGCAGCGCACCACAGAUGGGGCCUGCAGCAAAGCCCUGGACCAGCCCGUGGGUGAGUGGCUGGAGCAUGUGGGGCUGCCGCAGUACGAGAGCAAGCUGCUGCUUAAUGGCUUUGACGACCUAUGCUACAUGGGCAGUAACGUGAUGGAGGACUUGGACCUUAGAGAUAUGGGAAUCACUGACCCUGGACACAGAAAGAAGAUCCUCCACGCAGCACGCAGCUUGCCCAAGGUGAAGGCCCUUGGCUGUGAUGGCAGCACCUCUCUCUCCACCUGGUUGGAUGUGCUAGGUCUGCAGGAGUACCUGCCUAACUUCCUGUCUAGCGGCUACCGUACCUUGGACUGUGUGAAGAACCUAUGGGAGUUGGAGAUUGUCAACGUGUUGAAAAUCGGCGUUCUGGGCCACAGGAAGAGGAUCAUAGCGUCUCUGGCAGAGCGGCCCUAUGAGGAGGCCCCGACCAAAUCACAGAUCUCUCACCGUCUCUCACAGAUCAGGUUUCAGGACUUGUUGUCCCAGACAGGGACCUCUCCUCUGAGUCAGAUGGACCCGUCCACCAGUCGCUCCAUGGACAUGCUCCUGCCCCUGGGAGAGGCAGGCAGGAGGAGGAGAGCCAUGGACCAGGACUGCAGUGUGUCCCUGCGCUCCUACAGCGAGAGACCACGCUCUCACGACAGACAGAGUGACAGACAUAGGGAACCCCGUUUGACCCUUCGGCCGCCUAGCCAGUCUGCCACAUACGCUACAGUGUCCGCUUGGCAUCACCAGCCUGAGAAACUCAUCUUAGAGUCCUGUGGGUAUGAGGCCAGUUAUUUAGGAUCAAUGAUUAUCAGGGAUCUACGGGGGAUUGAGUCAACUCAAGAAGCCUGUGCCAAAAUUAGGAAGUCGAAGGACCAUUCAAGAAAGGGUCCUGUUGUCAUCCUUUCCAUCACCUAUAAAGGGGUCAAGUUUAUGGACGCAGCCACUAAGACCAUAGUAGCCGAGCAUGAGAUUAGGAACAUCUCCUGUGCAGCCCAGGACCCUGAGGAACUCUGCACCUUCGCCUACAUCACCAAGGACAAUAAAAGUGGCCACCACUUCUGCCAUGUCUUCAGCACUGUGGAAGUGACCCAGACCUAUGAGAUCAUCCUGACGCUGGGUCAGGCCUUUGAGGUGGCCUAUCAGCUGGCUCUCCAGACCAAAGCCAGGCAGUAUGUCCCAGUCCCCCCACCAUCUCUGGGGUCAGAGGUCAUUGAGACCAAAUCCAGCCGGCCCACAUCACAGCAAUGGAGCAGCAUGAGGAGAUCAACAGGUGCCCCUCCGCUAGAAUGCCGCUGCUGUUACUGUCACACGUGUACUACCCACCGCCCCUCCUUCCUCCCGUUGCACUCUGUUAGCCCUGGAGUCCAGAUUGACCCUCUGGAGAUGGAUGCAGACAUGCAGUCCCUGGGCAGCACCACCUGGCUCUUCAACCAGAGAGACUCCAACAAGCGCCCUGUCAGCACCAAGUACGAGACCACCAUAUUCUGAGACUGGAUCCUCUGCCCCAUCCCCACCUCGCACUAGCACCCAGUUUGACCCCUGCCCUCUUACCGCCCUCUCUCUCUCUCUCUCACAAGCCCUAUGCCUUCUCACUGUGAUGGUAGCAUCCCUCAGGGCUGCCCCCUCUUCUUUGCCCUGCCCUACACAAACCUCACCCUGCUCUGACAUCACACAUGCCUGCAGCUCUCUCCUGUUCCUCACCCCUUGGCAGCCCCUGCUCCUCCUGCAGCCACUGAUGGAGCCCCUUGACUUGUGGAUGGACCUGAACUGAACCUACAAUGGCCCUGCUCUCUCAACCGAUCUGCCUCCUCCUCCUCCCAACUACUUGCAUUUGCAUCCACCCACUAUUAGGUUUAUCAUCAUUGAAGACACUGUGGAUUUUUGUUCUCUUCCUGUCAUGCCAUUAUUUUCCAAGUGACUCCCUUCAGUCAAAACAAGCAUGACUUUUUUUCUGUUGAGCUACUUGUUGCAUUUUUACUUGAUAGUAACAUGAUAAGCAUUGGCUGUACUGCCAAUGUGAACAAGAAAAUAACAAACCUUCAUAAGUACCUCUUUUUAUCUAACGCCAAAGGAUUACUACUCUUGUGAUAUUAUCAAUUUACCGUUUUGGUCCCAUAUAGAGUGGAACAAAGAACAUUAUCAUGUCCCAAACAACCUCCUCAGUCAUAAACAAUAGUUUACCCCCUUCCCAAAAGGAUUAACAAUUUUUUAUUUUUAAUGCCAUGUUUAUUUUUGUAUUUCACUUGUUUUUCGCUAAAGGCAAGUUCAAUAUUUUUCUUUCCCUAUCUGUAGCUUGUCCUGUCUUGCCAGGCAUCUACCACUGUGAGGCGCUGUGAGGARACACAUCACCUGGGAUGCAUGAAGGACAAAAAAUCUAUAAGAAAAAAAAUAAACUUUUUCUACGCAUUUUUUUUAUCAUACAUUGAUGGAUCAUCAAGGAAUCUUCCCUUUCCAUUUAAAAUGGAUCAAGAACUGAACCUCAAAUUUCUGUGUGCUCUUCUUGUACACAACUUCGUCAUCAAUCUGUCAAGAUCAGUAGCCUUAAUUACUUCAAUCUGGCCAUCUAUCAGUUUAUCUAAAUGUAAUUGAGCAUCCCUUGCCACCAUCACACACUCUCCACACCUGCUGACUGCUACAUGCGUCUUCCAUGGUUAAAAAGACUAACAGCACUUUUGAGUUGACAACACAUGAACACUUUGGCUGAGCUGUAAUGAAGUUGUUGUAAUGGUACAGGUUUGUCCAGAUAAUAAUGUCUAUAAUGCUCUGUAGCUUCACAGUGUGCAUGGUGCCUCACCAGUCAUUUUAUUACCAAGAGAGACAAUCAUCAGAGACUGUUUGGCUCAUCAGAGAACACUGUGUUAAAACAUGGCACUAUACCUUAAAAAAAAAUAUUGUUUUAAAAUGGAUAUGGUUGGUUUCUUUAAUAAGAUAUGCUUUUAAAAAGACCAGGGCUUCCUGAAAUAUAUUUAGUGAAAGAACCAAGGGAAGCAAGACCACAAUCUAUCGGCGUAGUAAAUAAUUUAAGUACAAAUGUAUGAGAAAUUACCAAAACACCAUGGUCAUGAAGGCCAUAUUUUGGGUAUGUCCAAGGAAUUUUGAGGGCAAUAAUAGAAUUUGCCAAUUCAUGGUGAUGGAUUCAAGAUAUUUCCAAUAACAUUGUUUUAAUUUUAGACAAUUUACGAGGCAAGGCACAUUUGUGUUGCUGGACUCCUUAUGUUGCAUCUUAUCAAGAUUACGUGGGUUGUAAUCCAUGCCAUGGCACAUAGGUUCAGUAUGAGGUACACUAUGUUUAAACAAAUUAGUCACAAAAAAAUUAGCGACAGGGCCAAAGAUUCAGGCUUACUCAUGGAACUUUACAUUUGAGGGAUCAAAAUGUAAUUAGAUAUGCUUUCAUUGUGCAAAUAGUUUUUGUUUGAAAAUAUCUGUGAAACUGCAUUCUUGUUUUUCCUUUCACAGGGAUUUAUACCGCAGGUCUAGUUAUCUACACUAUAUAUACAAAAUAUGUGGACACCUCUUAUAAUUAGUGGAUUCGGCUAUUUCAGCCACA